GUUUGUCACUUGUUUGUGAUUAAUACAUCAUCUAUGGCACUUAUUGUUAUUACUAUUAUUAAUAGCAUGUCACAUGAUAAUUAUAUCCAGAGAGAUAUUAUGGAUUGGAAGUAAAAUUAUUAUUUAAAUGAGUUGGCAAAUUAAGAUAUGAUCUUGUUUGAGGAAGUUAAUUAAAAUUCAUCUGAUUAUUCAUUGCUAAACAUUAAUAAUAAUAAGAAUUCAAACUUUAAUGUUCAGAAUAACAAUCUACAUUAUUAGUUUACUGAUUCUAUUAUUAACCAAAUUCAAUGUUUGUAUUGUGAACAAUAUUGUUUUAAAAAUUUAAAUUACUUGCUGCAGGUUAUGCUCCUAAAAAACUUGGUAUAUUAUUUAAAGGGUUAUUAUUGA